GUGGUUUGGUGGAAAAUCAAAAGGAAAAUCAAAACUUUGAAAGUUCUAAUGAGUGGCUCAUACUCAUACGGAGAGUCCUUAGAGUAUGAAUACUUUUAUGAUAAUGAGUGUAACAUGCACGAUGAUGAAUUGUAUGAUACUUUUGUGGAUCAUGAUGUUGAAUUUGUUGGUGUUAACAAAGAGAAAAGAAUGGAGGAAGACAAAGGAGUUGCCAAAGGAAAAAGAAUGGAGAAAGGCAAAGGAGUUGCCAAAGGGGAAAAAGUUGGUGACAGGGGCACAAUUAUGCAGGAUGAUAAUGAUUUUUAUGGUGAAGAAUAUGACACAGAUGAGUUGGUCAGUCUUGGUGGAUCAUCAUUAGAGGGUGAGGAAGGAGGAAAGUCCAAGGUUAAGUAUCCACACUUUAAUGCUAGGAUUGACAUGGUUGAUCCACCAUUUAAGCUAG